GACCCCUUUUCGUAUUGGUUUUCCAUAUCCAUUUUCCUCACUAAAAACAUUCUCUAUCUCUUUCUUUAUUUUAAUAAGCAGAAGUUAUUAUAAUAUGGGGCUCUUCAUGCGUUCAAUCUCUGCUCUUUUUGUCAUCCUCCUGCUUCUGGUGGCUACUGAGAUGGGGCCAAGGGUAGCAGAGGCAAGGACAUGCGAGGCACAGAGCCAUCGGUUCAAGGGGCCAUGCGUGAGGAAGAGCAACUGCGCCAACGUUUGCCGAACUGAGGGCUUUCCCGACGGCCACUGCCGUGGCUUACGCCGCCGCUGCUUCUGCACUAAACAUUGCUAAAACAACCUAACGAGAUGAGAUUCUGUACCGUACCAGCAUGGCUUCAAAAUAAACAUGUAGAAACUGGCUUUUUAUGUGUCAUGGUUCUACAAUGUGUGUACGUGUGUGUGUGUUUUUCCCUCGAUUUUGUUUUUGGUUGCGGUGUUGUCACUUCCCUGUAUUAACUUUUGUUUGUUAAUGCAGCUUAUUCCUUCUCAUAAUAAAUAUUAAUCAGUCUUUUAUGGACUA